GCGGCAUUCAAUGCUAAUUAUAACGUUAAUAGGUUUCCACUUUGUGGCCACUGUUUCGAACCCUGUGAGAUAAGAGAACCGGAAAAUCUUUGGGGAUGUUUACCUUCAGCGUGUUUCUUCUUCUCUGUUCUGUGUUUACAGGUUAUUUCACUUUUGAAAUCUCGCAUUUGAGUCCCUUGGACUAUAAUGUCCUAAAGAACCUACCAUCCCUCUGGAAGUCACUUCCGGCUGGUUUCAAAUACAAAUAUGUCGACGCUUCCGGUGUCAUCCAUAAAUCCAAGCCUUCUGUAAACGCUGUGGAGGUGGCUGCGAGUCCCAGCGUAUCUGGACGAGCUCAUUAUGAUGCGGCGCUGAUAGUUAGUCACAUGAUACGUCACAUGCCAUCAUCAAUCUUCAGUCGGGUCUCAACUCACGGAUCUGUUGGCGUGUUUACCAAGUCGGAGAAACUCACCAUCUACCCGGAAUAUUACCGUUUAGCGAACACACCCGAGUGCCACAACAGGUGUGACGGAAGCUGUAAACGCACUUGCACAUUCGACGGGAGAAAGUACGAGACAAUGGCGGCAGUUGGCGGGAAAAGGGCCGCCAUCUUGGACGAUAACGUCAUGUGUACGUCACGUGACCCUUAUCAUCACCGCGAAAACCUACUGGUGCACGAGUUUGCACACGUGAUCCUGAGUCGAGGACUGAACCAGACCAUGCACAACAAGGUGAAAUCAGCCUACACGCACGCCAAGUCGAAGGCUUUGUGGGCGAGUUCCGCCUACGUGAUGACUAAUUACAACGAGUAUUUCGCCGAGGCGACGGCGGCGUGGUACAACGUCAUUCACCGUAACAGCGCUGGAGGAAUGAACAAGUGUGGAACUUCACACCAUUGCCCAUCUGCAUCACAAGCCAGGGCUUACAUACACAAACACGACCCACGGCUGUACGACAUCCUCAACUACGUCUACAACAACGGCAAUGUGAACCUACCAGGAGGAAUAACCACGUGCAUAGAAGACAAGAAAUAAAUUUAAUGAUUAUUGUG